UGUAGUUUGUACUGUAAUCUCUUAUUAGGGUUUCCCGGUUAGGGUUUAUUUUCUCUCUGGCGUCAGCUCCUCGGUUCUACUAUCCCCAGCUCCGAUCCUGCGCGACGAAAGGUUUAGCUGAAUAAGGAGAUCGAAGGUAAUGGAGAAAACGAAGGGGAGGAAAGAGGAGGUUGUUACCAGAGAGUACACCGUCAACCUUCACAAGCGCCUCCAUGGCUGUACUUUCAAAAAGAAGGCUCCAAACGCCAUAAAGGAGAUCAGAAAGUUUGCAGAGAAGGCAAUGGGGACAAAGGAUGUGAGAGUAGAUGUGAAGCUCAACAAGCAAGUGUGGAGCAGAGGAAUCCGGAGCGUUCCAAGGAGAAUUAGGGUUCGUAUUGCCCGCAAAAGGAACGACGACGAGGAUGCAAAGGAAGAGUUCUUCUCCCUCGUGACUGUCGCCGAGAUUCCGCCGGAAGGAUUGAGUGGUUUGGGCACCAAGGUUAUUGAGGAGGAUGACUGAUCCCUUUCCAAAAAUCCUUACAAGUUUGUUUGAUUUUAUAUGUUUGCUGUUUUUUGUUUUUGUCACAUUUUAGGUUUCUGACAUCGUUGACUUGCUUCGGCCUCCUGAAACUUCCUACCUCUUUAAGGUUCCUUAAUUUUCGGCUAAUAUAUUUGUAUUUUCGAUCUUUCA